AUGUUGUUUGAGGAAUGCAUUGCAGUUCUCCUUAAGAAAUUGCCACCAAAACUUAAGGAUCCAUGGACACUAGGCAUUGGAGAUAUUAAACCAACUUUUGUGAGCUUGCAACUAGCUGAUAGGUCUAUCAAAUAUCCACUUGGAAUCAUUGAUGAUAUACUAAUCAAAGUGGAUCAAUUUGUGCUUCCAAUGGAUUUUAUCAUCCUUGACAUGGAGGAAGAUAGAGAAGUUCCCAUCAUUACGGGACGUCCUUUUAUGGCUACUGUUGGCACCAUCAUUGAUGUGAAGAAAGGUUUAUUGACCAUGACUGUACAAGGCCAAAUUGUUGAGUUCAAGGUGUUUGAGGCCAUUAAGAAGCCCGUGGAGAUGAAUGAGUGUUUGUGUAGAUACCGUUGA